AUGGCGGAAGGCAAACUGGAUGGACCUCGGUCCUUCCUUCGUCCCGCAAAUUCUUACGAGUUCAGAGGCACAGGACCCAGAGAUUCGUCUAAUUUUCGUUUGAAAGAAAUUGCAGUCCAAUUUGCACUUCCAGCUGUUGCUGCAGAUGUUGUUCGCUGUGAUGUUGCUGCAGUUUGCAGAACACCAAACUUGGACCUCUUGGAGUCUCCUCCAUCACCAGCCAGGACUGUGCGCUGGUACCCAACUGGAGGAGAUGGAGAGGAGCAGCAGGACAAGUGGAGCAAAAAGAUGGACUUCUUGUUGUCUGUCGUAGGUUUUGCAGUGGAUUUGGGCAAUGUUUGGAGGUUUCCUUACAUCUGCUACCAGAACGGUGGUGGUGCAUUUCUAAUCCCAUAUACCCUGAUGGCAGUGUUUGGAGGAAUCCCUCUCUUCUACAUGGAGCUGGCGUUAGGACAAUUCCACAGAACCGGAGCAAUUCCAGUCUGGAAGGAAAUAUGCCCAAUAUUUAAAGGGAUUGGGUAUUCUAUCUGUAUCAUAGCACUGUAUGUGUCCUUCUACUACAACACCAUCAUAGCCUGGGCUCUCUACUAUUUCUACUGCUCCUUCACGGCCACUUUGCCUUGGACCAACUGCGACAACCCUUGGAACACACCCAACUGCACCAACUACUUUGGCAAGAACAAUGUCUCCUGGAACAACUUCUCCAAGUCUCCAGCCGAAGAGUUCUACAUACGGAAUGUUCUGGAGAUCCAUGAAUCGAAGGGGCUGGGUGACGUGGGCGGAGUCCGCUGGCAGCUCCUCUUGUGUCUGUUCGUCAUCUUCACCAUCGUUUACUUCAGUUUAUGGAAAGGAGUCAAGACCUCAGGAAAGGUGGUUUGGGUCACAGCAACAUUGCCAUAUCUGGUGCUCUUCAUCCUCCUGGUGAGAGGAGCCACACUCCCUGGGGCUUGGAGAGGCGUUGUCUUCUACCUCAAGCCAAACUGGGCCAAGCUGCUGGACACAGAUGUGUGGGUUGAUGCAGCAACUCAGAUCUUUUUCUCAAUGGGUCCUGGAUUCGGAGUCCUCCUGGCGUUAGCCAGCUACAACCAGUUCAAUAACAACUGUUACCGAGAUGCGAUCGUCACCAGUUUAGUGAACUGCCUGACCAGUUUCCUGUCGGGCUUUGUGAUCUUCACGGUGCUCGGGUACAUGGCAGAGAUGCGGAGUGUAGAAGUUGAGGACGUGGCAAAGGACAAAGGUUCCAGCCUCCUGUUUAUAACCUACCCUGAGGCCAUCGCCAAUAUGGUGGGCUCCAAUUUCUGGGCCAUUGUCUUUUUCCUGAUGGUGAUAACACUGGGACUGGACAGCACAUUUGGAGGCCUGGAGGCCAUCAUCACGGCAGUGAUAGACGAAUACCCCCACCUGUUUGCUAAAAGGAGGGAGCUGUUUGUCCUGGGGCUGGUCAUUGUGUGCUUCUUGGGGUCACUCAGCACACUGACGCGCGGAGGAGCGUACGUGGCGAAGCUGCUGGAGGUCUUCGGAUCGGGCUCCUCCAUCAUCGCUGUGGUUUUGUUAGAAUCCAUUGCUGUGUCUUGGUUUUAUGGUAUCCAGCGUUUCUGCGAUGACAUCCAUGCUAUGUUGGGUUUCUCUCCGGGAAUGUUCUGGCGCAUUUGUUGGGUGGCCAUCACACCCGCUUUCCUCGUAUUCAUUACAGUGAGCUCUCUCGUGUACCAGCCUCCUCUCAACCUGUUUGGCUACGACUAUCCUGACUGGAGUAUAAACGUGGGCUAUCUGAUUGGCGCUUCUUCCUUCAUCUGGAUCCCAUUCUACAUGGUGUAUAAACUGCUGCGGACUCCAGGAUCUCUUAAAAUGCGGUUGGCUGUCUGCAUUCACCCAGAGAAAACAGCCCACGACCAGAGGCCAGAUACACUGUGUAUGAAUACCAUCCCUUAAGUUUCCUUGGACGAUGAAAUCAGAAACCUGACUUUGGGACUGAAUAGAUAAAGAGAAACAAAAAUGACUGGAACAAAUGGAAGAUGUAAACGUGACCCGAAAGGAAAGCGCAACACCAUAACAGAGUGCAGCUCCCUCUGCCGUACUUAACACAGCAUCUUCAGGGGAACAACAAAAAAAAAGGGGGGAGAAAAAACAGAUCAAGGAGUGCUGUGAAUCUACAUGAAGCUGGAGAAGGAACAAGAGGGAGAUUCGCACAUAUUACCCAUUGUGUGUUGCCGAUCACUUGCGCAGAGGGCAGCGCCUAUUAUUGUCGUCUGUGCAGUUCUUGUGGGAGAAAAAAGGGAGAAAACAAAAUGUUGCUGGGGUGAAGCUGAAAUGUUAAUAAUAAUCUGCUGACUCGGCAGUAAUCACCGGCGAGGAAAUCAUGAUUUGUGAAUUGCACAGGCAGGUGGUAUUCAGGGUUUCACGCUGGGUACGUCUUUUGAGCUACAGUAAAUUCACUUUACAGUGUUCUGUGAAGCGCUUUGGGACGUCCU